AUUUUAAAGCUUACCUACAAUUUGUGGUGUGAAUUUUUCUUUUAUUUAUAAAUACCCUUUCCACCAUUGUUACUUAUUCAUGCUGUGUGUUAAUUUAAUGAAGGAUGGCUGUUGAAAGAGUAAGCAAGAGGCUAAAAGGAUGGUGUGAAGAGAAGCAGAAAGUGGUACGUUUUAAUGAGAAGAGGAACCCAGUAACCCUAAAUCUGUUGGGAAGCAGCCCAAGAAAUUCGCCAUCUUCUUCAUCUUCAUGUGGGUUAGAAUCAUUUGAAUCAGACUCAAUAGAAGGUGAUCUUCUGGAUUUGGGUCCAGGCCAAUUCAGUCAACCUGGCUUAGAGAAGUGCUUAGACUUAAAGACUGGAGCAGUGUAUUAUCUGAAUCCAAAAGGAGGAGCUGGUGUAAGCUCUAUGAGCUUUCCAAGGAAGAAAAGCUUGGGAUUCAACUCCAUUGAAGAAGAAGAUAAGAGACUAGACCUUAAACUGAAUUUAGCCACCUCAAAUUCCUUCAAAUCUAGUAGUAAGACCAGUAGCAACUAUAUGAACAAUUGUAGUAGUGAUGAUAGUGCAUCAGAAGUUAAUUCUACCAUGAGGCUUGUUGGGUGUCUAAGAUGUUUGAUGUAUUACAUGGUAUGUGGAACAGAUGAUAGUUGUCCAAAGUGUAAGGGAUCCUUGCUGCUAAACUUUCUUGAUGGAGAUUUGUCCUCACCAUAAAUCAAGACAGUAGUGAAUUUAUUAUUUUUUCUGGAUUUCUGUAGAUUGUUUGAACAUUGUAACGAGGUGUUGGAUAGAAAUGGAUUAACAUCAGAAUAUGGGAUCAUUUUUGUUUUUA